UAUUUAUCAUGUUCAAUUUAAGGAUCCGAAUACCAGAUCGACGAGGAGGACAAGAGUGACACAUCGUCGGAAUUUGCCACCAAUUACCAGAGUCCAGUCAAGCGCAAGAACAAAAUCUUGAGACAAAGGGAAGAAAAUGGAAAAAAGAAUAGAUUAGGAAGCGGUCCAGUUGCCUCAUCUACACCUAUGACAAGAGUUUACGACUUUUCAGAUGGAGAAGAUGACGGUCAGGACUUACUGAGAAGAGCCUCAAGCUGUAAGAAACAAGCUGCAAUUCAAGCUGAGACUCCUCGUAUGAGACAAGGAAAGUCAAUCCCCUAUGCGGAAUUUCUCCAACUCAUGAGGGUCAUGGAAGGACGACUUCACAGGGCCAUUACAGAUUUGAAGGGCGAAGUCGGCGACCUAAAAAAGGAAAUUGGAAACUUAAACAGCGAGGUUAGAGACCUCAAGAGCAAACUUACUGAAAAGAAUACACAGGUUACCGCCCUAACUGCAAAAGUUACACGUUUGGACAACAGGGUCCAGGAACCAACACAAACUUCGACCAAAUCCAGCAAAGUCAGUACAAACAUAAGGGCAGCAUUGAAGGCAGCGAUCGACCAUGCUGAAACUGAGAAAGGGUGGACUAUGGAGCCUAUGUUCACGUUGGAGUCCGCACAGAAUCGACAAGUUGUCAAAUACAUCUGGGACUUUUCUAAGGUGAUAGCUCCAAGCAUGACAAAACAGGAAUUUAAAGAUGGUAUGACCAGGAUCAUGUUAACGAAGAAAGAGAAGCUAUCCCGAACACGUAACGGAAAAGAGAAAGAACACACGGACGCGUCCAGAAAGAAUUCAAGGAAACUGACGAAAAGCAGAAACCGUGUAACUGGCAUUGAAAAAUCCGAACUACCUCAUCACACAAGGACCAAGUACAUUCGAGUAAUGAAAAAAACGCAGCUCAUGUCGUCAGAAGAGAGUUCGGUCGACGAGGAUGGCAACCGGGUCUUCAAUGUGAGAAGGAGGGACUGGGAGAGUCAUGAAAUGAGGGCCGCUAAAAAAGUGGCCGACGAGACAUUUAGUAAAACAACCAAGACAGCAGCGUCCAUCGUACCACGGACGAGACGAAUUACAGGUGUCUCGUCAUUUGCACCACCUCCUGCCUGGUUGCAGAAAGAAGACAGCUGGGUCAGCUCAGCACUGACAUACCAUGGAGUAGUUUAGAAUCAUCAUCAUUCAUAUCCUCAUCAGAACAUGCUUACUUACUUACUAAAAGGGGUGUUUUUAUAGGUUAGGAAUUUUAGGGUUUAUUGGCAGCUUGUUUUUUGUCCUUUUUUUUAAAUGCGGCCAAGUAGGCCUGGUUUGAUUAGAUAUAUGCUUAGUGCUUCAAAGGUUUAAAGUCAUGUAGGGGGUUCAGUACAGUCAUGUGAUUGUUGCAAUUUAGUGAGGAUUGGAGUGUUGUUUGGUCUGUGUUGCUGGUAAUGUGUUCCAUAAAGUAUUGAAUAGGGCGCUCUAAAUGUAAAUGUCACACGGGAAUAAUACGUGUUCGGGCGUUUCUUUUUAAGUUGCAGUGGGGGUAUUUACCGGUUUGGUGGUUUUUUUAAUUAGGUGUAGGUGAGAGCUUAACUUAGUGUGGCCUGUUUGUAGUUUGGUUAUUACUCUGUCAAUGUUUU